AGCAGCAGAAACUACUCAAGUCAGACGGGCAUAAUUGCCGAAUCUUCGUACUGAACAAAUGUCCAUGAAGUUCCAGCCCUUCCUUGCUUUGCUUACCUUGCUUUUCCUGCAUAAAUUUCCCCAGGUUGUAGCGGACCUGAAUUCUGACAGGGAAGCCCUCCUUGCCUUUGCUGCCGCUGUCCCACAUGCCCGAAAACUGAACUGGAAGAAAACUACCCCAGUUUGCACGUCCUGGGUUGGGGUAGCCUGUAAUUUAAAUGGAACCGGUGUGAUUGCCAUUCGUCUUCCAGGUAUUGGACUUUCUGGUCCCAUUCCGGUCAAUACCAUAGGAAAGCUUAAUGCUCUCAUGAUCCUGAGCCUUCGAUCCAACAACCUCAAUGGAAAUCUUCCUUCUGAUAUCCCUUCUAUUCCUUCCCUCUGCUACCUAUUCCUCCAACACAACAACUUCUCUAGUGUCUUCCCAACCUCUCUUUCCCCCAGGCUGAAAGUGCUAGAUUUCUCGUACAACUCAUUCACUGGAAACAUUCCAACGACAGUUCAGAAUUUGACACGACUCACUAUUCUGAACCUCCAAAAAAACUACAUAUCAGGAGCCAUCCCCUAUCUCAAUCUCCCAAGUCUCAAAGUUUUAAAUUUCAGCUAUAAUAACUUGAAUGGCUCUAUUCCAAAAUCCCUCAAAAGGUUUCCUUCAUCAUCAUUUAUUGGGAAUCUGUUGUUAUGUGGUUCUCCUCUAAAGCGUUGCUUCACAGUCUCCUCUUCACCUUCUCCUUCUUCUCCGUCUUACUUUCUAGGCCCACCAACAGUUUCUCAUAGUCAACAUGCUACUUUGAAAAACAAACUAGGUGCUGGCUCUAUCAUUGCAAUAGUAAUUGGGGGCUUAGCAAUUCUGCUCCUGCUAGUAGUGAUCUUUAUACGCUGUUUGAAGAGGACAGAUGGUGGGGGCAGCGGCAUGAUGAAGAAAACAAUCUCUGGAGGUGGAAAGAGUGCGAAACCUAAUGAUUUUGGAAGUGGGAUACAGGAAGCUGAAAAGAACAAAUUGUUCUUUUUUGAAGGAUGCUCUUACAACUUUGAUCUUGAGGAUUUGUUGAAGGCUUCAGCCGAAGUUCUUGGUAAGGGAAGUUGUGGAACGACAUAUAAAGCUGCUUUGGAGGAGGGGACACAAGUGGUAGUGAAAAGAUUGAAGGAAGUUGCAGUUGGGAAAAGGGAGUUUGAGCAGCAAAUGGAAGUGCUAGAGAGGAUCGGACGACAUCCAAAUGUUGUGCCACUCCGUGCUUAUUACUAUUCAAAGGAUGAGAAGCUGUUGGUCUACAACUACAUGCCAGCCGGUAGCCUGUUCUCGCUCUUGCAUGGAAACAGGAAUGCAGGAAGAACUCCAUUGGACUGGGAUUCAAGAAUGAAGAUCGCCCUCGGAACUGCUAGAGGAAUUGCACACAUUCAUGCCGAGGGUGGUGGUAAAUGCAUCCAUGGCAACAUCAAGUCCUCGAAUGUCCUCCUCAGCGAUGAACUUGAGGGUUGUGUCUCUGAUGCUGGAUUGGUUCCUCUAAUGAAUGCCCCUGUAACCAUGUCUCGCAUCGUUGGGUACCGUGCUCCAGAGGUGAUAGAAACACGCAAAGUAACUCAAAAGUCUGAUGUUUACAGCUUCGGUGUGCUGCUCCUGGAAAUGCUGACAGCGAAAGCUCCCCUCCAGCCAUCAGGACAUGAUGAUGUGGCUGAUCUUCCAAGAUGGGUCCGUUCUGUUGUGAGGGAGGAAUGGACUGCUGAAGUCUUCGAUGUGGAGCUGUUGAGAUUCCAAAAUUACCAAGAGGAGAUGGUACAGAUGCUUCAGAUUGCGCUAGCAUGUGUGGCAAAAACACCAGAAAUGCGUCCAAAAAUGGAUGAAACUGUUAGAAUGAUAGAGGACAUUCGACAAUCUGAAUCCAAGAACAGGACAUCAUCAGAGGCUGAAUCAAACAUCCAAACACCAUGAUUUGCAUGCAACAAAAUUUCUGCUCUUUGGACUCAAAUGUUCAAUCCCUUGGGAUAAUAAGCUACUUUUUCCUUUUUUUCUGGGAAUUAACUAUUUCCAAAUUGUCAUCACUUUGACUGACAAGCUUUGAUCAAUGCUCUGAACCCAUGAUCUUUUGAUGAAAGUGUCAUCCUCAAUCAACUAUAAAUG